GGUGAUUUCAUCAGGAAGAGUGUAGUCGUACUUGAAAGUGUACACUACGAGACCAAAGACAGCAACGGCGAAUAGACUACGAAAAUAGCUGCACUGACUCACUCGAAUGCUAUUCUACCUUGUCAGGCAGAAUACUGAGAAAGAUGUCAGUCACAGAGGAUCUUCCUGAUAUGGAUGGAGUGGAUCUGCUGGGGAUCCUGUUCCAGUAUGGGGAGACUGGAGCCAACGAUCCCUUCUUCCCAGAUGGGAAUGGGCUAGAAAACUGGCUUGCGGAGCAUGAUAUGCUGACAGGCAUGGACACUGAGGACUUCCUGUCCAGCCUGCUGGAGGGAGAAGACAACAUGGCUACCUCGUGUGUUUCACACUCUCCACUGGGAAGCGACAGCGGCAUCUCUGACGACAGCAGCAGUGGCGGCGUAGUCGGCCAGAACUUCCUGGCCUGUCCCAGCCCCCAGGGGAGUGACAGUGACCCUGCGCCCAGCCCAGGGUACUCCCAGCCCAGCCCGGACUACUCAGACACUCCCCUGAUGGCCCUUGAGCUCGAGGCUGAGAGCCCUGAAGCCCUAGCUGUGCAGACGGACCACAGCUACUCUCUGCUCCAGGGAGGAGACAUGGAUGCUCUACAGAGCGUGAGGGCUGAGAAGCCUGACAUGGAUGUCUUUAUUGAUCUGGACGACCUGGACAGUGAGGGGAUGGAAAUGGAACAGAUCUAUUCCAGUGAAGAACUUCCCUGUGCUCUCGCCAUAGAGGACUCUACACAGAACAACAAAGCUGAUCUGUUCCAGUUCAAGGAGAUUGUUCUGACUGAUGAGGAAAGGAGACUUCUCGCUAAGGAAGGAGCAACCAUACCGUCUUGUAUGCCUCUUACUAAGACGGAGGAGAGGACCCUGAAGAGGGUGAGGAGGAAAAUACGCAACAAGCAGUCGGCCCAGGAGAGUAGGAAGAAGAAGAAGGUGUACGUAGAUGGCCUGGAGAACAGGGUUUCCAUCUGCACCGCUCACAACCAGGAGCUGCAGAAGAAGGUCCAACAGCUGCAGAAACAAAACAUGUCUCUGAUAGAGCAGCUGAGGAAGCUGCAGUCCAUGAUGAAGAUGUCUACCAUGAAGACAACCACCACCAGCACCUGUGUGAUGGUGUUCCUGCUGUCUUUCUGCCUGAUCAUCUUCCCCUCUGUCAACCCGUUUGGCCGCAGCCCUGGACAGAAGGAGAUAUACACCCCCUCUUCCGUUGUGUCCAGGACCCUGCGCUCCGUGACUGUUGAUUACACCCCAGACCCAAUGCCCCUGGCUUACUCUGAGCCUGUGGAGGAAGCUGACAACGCUGAGCCGCCCUCUAUCAGCCUCCUCCUAGUGGCCAAGGUAGAGAACCCCAAGGCCAUGUUCACUGGCGGCCAGAACCACACACCUGACUACCAGAAGGUGGAGCAGUCGGAAUCAGAGAGCGGGGUCAACAGCAACUCGUCUGUAGACUUCCCCAACCCAGGUCAGGCCGAGCAGAAGCCGGGGGCCGGGCCCGGGGGCCUGCAGGAGGGAUCCAGAGAUCCAGUGGGAACGCCUGUGGCCUACGAGGUUCCAGGGACCAAGGAAAACUGGAUCGACAGGAAGCCAACGUCCAUCAUUAUACAGCAACACCGCUCGGAUGAGAUGUAGACAGAAGAGUCAGUGGUGAAUUAACUAACAGAGGGAGGAAGGGGCUAAUCAAAGGUUUCAGUUAGUAUUAAUAAUGUUUGAUUGAAACUUGGUGAGGAAAAAAGGGUAUUAGACAUUUUGUUAUCAGUGUUCCCCCUCUCUCUACCUGUUCCUCCUUCUCCUGGUGAUACUACUGUUCCUCUUUGAGCACUUUGUUCUGAUGUUCCGUUCCAGUGGUAGAAUGGACUACUGAGAUUUCCAUUGUUAUGCGUUAUCAUCAUCCUCAUGGGGGGGGAGAGGGGGGGGGGGGUGUACACUAUGAAAGUGAAUAGUCAUGUGUUGAAAUCUCCAGCAGGUUGUCCUGCUAAGUACUUUGCUAGCAAAUGACCAGUUCCUUCCACAGCGCAUGUCUAGUCCUCUGGUAGUUUACUCUGCACAGUCAGCAUCCAUAGUGUAAAUGUAUUCUCAUGAUGCUAGAUUAGAGCGGUUGAUCUGUAUACACUGCUUUAGCCAUUGCAGGACAUUUGGCCAUUUGGAUUUUGUGGACAUUUUUUGGUAUUUCCCUUGUAACAAGGGUUUUCAUGCUUCCUUUUUCAUGUUUUUUUUGUUUUGCUUUUAGUUUGUUGACAAAUGUAAAUAUGCCUGGAAAUGGGAGUGCUCUGGAAUUAAUCCCCAUUUUCUGGAGCCAGUGCCUGGACUGCGACUAGUUUUGACCUUUUUAGUUAGGAGCUGUUUGAGUCCUUCAUCCAGUUGUUCACUCUCUGGACCUACAGUAUGUUUACCCUUGUAAACCUCCGGACACCUUUUUUAAGUGGAUGUCAUAUGGAGAGGUGAACAUUUUUUAAAUAUAUAUUAGCUAUGUUCAGUGUUGCAGUAUAACUAUACUCAAAUGUAAUGACCUGUCAGUUAAUUCAGUGAGGCAUUUUUGUUACGUUUUCGUUUUUUCAUUUCUGUGAUUUAUGAAAUCUAAAUGGUAUUGGAUCUUUUUGUUAUUUUUGAUAUGUCAAAGAAGAGAUUAGAUGUAGCUUAAUCAUGUUAAAAAGAAGCACUGAUAUGCCAUAGUCCAACAUUGGAACGUAAAUAGGCUGGAAUGAUUGUAAUGUUCGUUUUUAACAAUUAAUGUAUGACAUUAAACGUCACUAUUAAAAGUCCCUUUUUUAUUAAAA